GUGUGGUGAUCUUCACUUUCUUUUGCGGUUACCCCCACCUUAGGAAGCCUCGAAAAGACCCCUCACCAUCUCCUUUGUGUCCUUGCUAACCAACUCCUCAUUAAAUCCCCCUCUCCUCUCUUCUCCUUCCCCUCGCAGCUGCCCACCACACCAAGCUCUUCCAGUUGCAAGCUAGCUAGCUUAAUUAGCGCUCUUGUUAGCUCGCUAUACCCAUACGUACCCGACGCCACAGUCACGCGCACACGCAAGCUACCACACGCACACACACCAACCGAGCCGGCUAACAAAAAGCUCCAGCCUCGCAGCUAGCUAAGAAAGAGGAGACAUCGAGACCAAUCGACGCCGAGACAUGCAAGGCGUUGGUGAUCACGGGGGAGGCAUGGACAUGGUGAGCUUCGGCGGUGGCGACUGCUCAUCGUCGUCCGCGGCGGCGGCGGUGGCCGUGGCCGCGGCGUCGGCGGCGGACGCGGAGGAGCGGCAGCUGCUCAAGGGGGAGAUGGCGGUGCACCCGCUGUGCGAGCAGCUGGUGGCGGCGCACGUCGGGUGCCUCCGCGUGGCGACCCCCAUCGACCACCUCCCGAUCAUCGACGCGCAGCUGGCGCAGUCCAGCGGCCUCCUCCACUCCUACGCCGCUCACCACCGCCCCUUCCUCUCCCCACACGACAAGCAGGAGCUCGACUCCUUCCUCGCGCAGUACCUGAUGCUGCUGUGCUCCUUCAGGGAGCAGCUGCAGCAGCACGUCCGGGUGCACGCCGUGGAGGCCGUCAUGGCGUGCCGGGAGAUCGAGCAGUCCUUGCAGGACCUAACUGGUGCGACGCUGGAGGAAGGGACGGGAGCGACGAUGUCGGAGGAUGAAGACGAGGGGCCGCCGAUCAUGGAGGUGGCGGCGAUGGAGAUGAGCUCGAAUGGGCACGACAUGAUGGGCUUUGGCCCCCUAGUACCCACGGACACAGAGCGCUCCCUCAUGGAGAGAGUCAGGCAGGAACUCAAGAUUGAACUCAAACAGGGAUUCAAGUCAAGGAUUGGUGAUGUGAGGGAAGAGAUACUGAGGAAAAGAAGGGCCGGGAAGUUGCCUGGGGACACCACCAGCAUUCUGAAGCAAUGGUGGCAGGAACACGCCAAGUGGCCCUACCCCACGGAAGAUGAUAAAGCCAAGCUUGUUGAAGAGACUGGCCUGCAACUGAAACAAAUCAACAACUGGUUCAUCAAUCAGAGGAAGCGCAAUUGGCACAACAAUUCUCAGACAUCAACCCUUAAAUCAAAGCGUAAAAGGUAA